AUGGUGUUUUGCACCUACUGCGGGCAGUCGUUCACUCGAGAUGAGCACCUGGAACGCCAUAUUCUCACCCAUACGAAUGUCAAACCGUUCAAAUGCUUCAAAUGCCACAUGUCCUUUGCGAGAAGGGAUCUACUCCAACGACAUUACACUGUACACGGUAGGGAACAGAACCAACAAGAGAUACCCGCAGCAAAUGGCAUGAUUCCGAAAUCUGCAGGCCGAACACCUAUUGCCUGCAGCAAUUGCGCAAAAACGAAGACAAAAUGUGAUAAGAAAUUCCCGUGUUCUCGCUGCGCAGGCAGGAAUCUGCGAUGUACUCUGAGACCUACAAGGCGUGCGUCCAAGAAUGCCACUCGUGUUGCUACACCCACGUUGGUGGCUGCUUCCAUGCCCCCAGGCAUACCUACGGUGGUGACGGAAGUCAGUGCCGCAGAGUCACAAGAACAAAGACCCGCGACCACUACUCCACCAACGCGAUCUUCUACCAGUCCUCACAAUAUGGUGGAUUUGCUGAAAGACAACUUGCCUGCGCCACCCGCAGUCGAAAGAAUGUAUCCACAGUUCGAGGAUCUGAACAGCACUGGUCUGAUUCUUCCAAUCAGCUACUCUCCCGAGAUGCAACAAGCUUUCGUCGAUACCACGCCACUGUCUGGGUAUGACGAAUUCYCCACCAUGAGCAAAAGCAGUUCAGACGAUGGCUCAAGCCCUCGUUUCAUGCUCGACUGGAGCCAGAUGCAGAUGCCGCUUGAAUACGACGAAUUUCCCCAAUCACACCUCAUGAUGGAUGUUGACAUGAAUUUUGACCCUGGCUCCCUUUCCCUGGCACCUCAAUGCGAUGUCAUGGCCACAGCACUGUCCGACCUAGCAAACGGUAUGGGGCCUUUGAUGACGCCUCUUGAGACACCCAAAAUUGCCCAGUCGCUACUGGAUCUGGAAUCAACAACAUCAGCUGAACACUGCUAUAUACGUCAUCAUCGGCCGACGGACUCGGUGAUGGGGAUCAUGCCUUCAUUCGGUCUCAAAGCGAACCUGAAUGAGGAAACCCCUGCCAUUAUGUCCACUCGAGAUGCCUGGUGUGCCUUUCGCUGCACACCCAUCAUGGUUUCGAGCGCCUGUCCAAAGACCGCCAAGACAAACCUUGACCGUUUGGAAGAGACUUUGAGAAAUCAUGAAAGCUGGGUUAGAUGGACCCCGGAAUGGAGCGAGGCGGACCUAGCUGCAGGCGGUGAUUUCCUGACGGUCAUGCAGCUACAUCAGACUACGCGGGAUAAGUUACUUGCAAUCACUCAAAGCUUCCUCCACAAGGCCCUCGAGACCCACCGAGAAGGCCGCAGUUCCAUCGAUGGGUCGCACAGCCCGAGUUCGACUGGUACUUCCAACUUUGUGUUACUUCCGCCAGCUCGUGUACUGGAGUAUCUUCUACGCUCUUAUUCGAAUAGCUUUGAGCGCUACUUUCCUUUGACUUCCAGGGGCACUCUGGAUGCGAACGAGCUCAUGUACUGCUACAACGAUAAGGCAGCUAGCCUUCUGGUACUGAUGAUGGUCGCGCAAGGUGCGAUGAAUAUACCGUCUUCCGAGACCCGCAUGCUGACUGGAGGCUUGAUCGAAGCCUGCCGCAUUUCGCUUUUUGAUCUGGUCGAGCGAAACAUCAUCAUGUCCGGCGAUCCAAUUGUCCUCCACUCUGCCCUUCUUUUCACAACGCAAGCUGCAUGGAGUGGCGAUAAGUGGCACAUGGAUAUCGCUAUGGGACAGAGACUGAUGUWCAUGUCGAUGCUGAGGCAUUCUGGGGUGAUGGAAUGGCCUUGCGAGAUUUCGAGCCCUCUCGACCAGCCGAUGAGCACCGAUUCCCUAUGGAGUGCCUGGAUACGAAAUGAGUCACGAAGUCGACUGAUGUAUUCAUGGGUAAUGCUUGACCAGGAUCUCGCCCUUUUCCACGACACCGCGCCACUGUUUUCCGUUACCGAAUUCGGUGCUCCGAUGCCAGAUACUGAUCGAUUAUGGCAUGCGAAAAGCUCAUCUGAGUGGUGUUCGACUUUCGAAAGAGUCCACGAGUUUUCGGGAGGCUAUUCUUCCGUUGGAUCUGGAGCGCGACCACUCUCGUUGCGAGAUCUGUUUCGCCAGUUCCUUGACGAGCAAUUGAUCCCCAUGGGAAUCGAAACGACGCCACUACAGCUACGCCUACUCCUACACCCUCUGCAAUCGCUAGUCUGCCAGUACAGUCAACUGUUGACUUGUUUCUCCGACGCCACUUCAACCCGAACCAGAAAUGCMCCUCGAGUGGUAAGCGCUUCCUCAACAAGGAGUCGUCUUGAAGAGACUCAGUCGCUACUUCAACGCUGGUUUGACUUGGCGGAGAGAUAUCUCAAGGCCAACCCGAUCUGUCCAAUGAUGCAAACGAACUUGGUAAUGUUCCACCUCAUCAGCUUGAACGCUGUGACGGACUUUCCCGAGAUAGAACGAUUGGCUCGUCGAGAGAACUUUGAUGGUACAUAUCAGCAGUUGCUCUGGACCCACAAACGUUGCAUCAAAGACGUGGAAGAGGCAAUCUUUCACUGCGGUCAGGUCCUGAGGCUGAUCCGAGCAAUCCCUCGAGGUAUUCGUCCACUAUGGUGGGCUGGUGCUAUCUAUCGCGUAGCUCUCAUCCUCUGGACAAACAGUCUGACGCACAGCGACUCUGCUUCGCCUAGGACCGGUGAUUUUAUUCUCGCUGGACCGUCAUUUGCCAUUGAUGCCCUGACAGCCGAUCAUGCUCUCAUUGUUCGAUACUUGACGAAACGAGAGGGUGUACCGUGCGUAACGAAGCGCGAUGGGUCACAGAUGACGCUCAAUCGAGCAUACCCCGUGCUGCAGCACUGUGCCGAAGUCAUCGAUGAGGGUGCCUCGACUCCAUUCUCCGACGCUAUUAGGUCCAAGCUAGAGAGAUUGUCCACUUGGUGA